AUGCCAUUAUCGGAUGAUGCAUCACCUUUUACUGGUUUUAUCACAGAUCCUCAAAUGUCAGUGUCGCCGCCUAAUUCAUUUCUUAUCACCAUGCCAUUUCUUGAUGAAUCACCGUUGGAUGAUGUCAAUUUCACUACAGACCCUCAAACCACGUCAACGCCAUUGCUUGAAUUAGGGGAUGCAUCACCCUUUGUCAAUUUCAUGUCACCGCUUGAAUUAUCACCUUAUGUCAAUUUCAGUACGGACCUUCAAGACACAUCAAUGCCAUCGCCUGAAUUAGAUGAUACGUUACCUCUUGCCAAUUUUACCACAGAUUCUCAAUCCACAUCAAUGUCAUCGCCUGAGUUGGAGGAUUCGACAUCUCUUAUUAACACCACCACGGAUCACCAAACCAUUUCAAUGGAUAAUUCUGAAGAAAUUAUCUCAUACUUAUCAAUUCCGCCACAGAAUUUCAUGAAUCGAAAGAGAUGA